AUGACGGACCCCACGCAGAACCCAACUGAGAAGACCCGACUCGUCCGGCACUUUGAUGCGCAUGAUGUCAAAGACUACACGAAUGGUUGGUCAAAGCUCUGGGAUUCGAAUGACAGCAAUCUCUGGGAUCGAUCAAAGCCCUCGCCCCCGCUGAUCGAUCUUAUCGAGGAGCGCCGGGAUGAUUUUAAACCCAUUGCGGAGGAUGGAAGGAGAAAGAAGGCGUUGGUUCCGGGAUGUGGCAAAGGCUACGACGUUGUGAUGCUCGCCUUGCAUGGCUUCGACGUGUACGGCCUUGAUGUCUCCGCGACAGGCGUUUCAACGGCCAAGGAAUAUGCAAGAAGAGAGCUAGCGAGUCCGCAGGGUUACAACUUUGGCUCUGUAUCUCCUGUGACGAAGGAUGAUAAGAUAGGCCAGGUGACUAUUCUCCAAGGGGACUUUUUCAAGUCAGACUGGGAUGAUGGGAUGAAGUUUGAUUUGAUAUAUGACUAUACUUUCCUGUGUGCUCUUCACCCGAGCAUGCGUGCUCAGUGGGCCUCUCGAAUGGCUGAGCUGCUAUCCGCCGAGGGUCACCUCGUGUGCCUCGAGUUUCCCCUCUGGAAGGACCCCAAGCUGCCUGGUCCGCCGUGGGGGUUGAAUGGGGUGCAUUGGAAUCUUCUUGCCGAAGGAGGGGAUGGUGUCGUUGAAGAUAGUUUCAAGGUGGAACAGGGUAGUGAAAGGGGUUUGUUUAUAAGGACGCUUUAUAUGAAGCCCGAGAGAUCAUAUGAGCAGGGGAGAGGGAUGGAUAUGCUGAGUAUUUAUGUGAAGAAGGAAUGA